AUGUCCCGCAUCCUCAUCACCGGCUCCUCCGACGGUUUCGGCCUCGUCGCCGCCCAACAACUCAUCAGCCAGGGCCACACCGUCUACCUGCACGCCCGGAGCUCCCAACGCGCCUCCGACGCCGAAAAGGCCUGCCCCGGCGCAGCGGGCACCCUAAUCGCGGACCUCUCCUCGCUCUCCGAAACCAAGAAAUUCGCAUCCGAAGCCAACGCCCUCGGCCCCUUCGACGUCGUCAUCCACAACGCAGGCGUCUUCCUCGGCCCGACACGCCGCACGGCCGACACAAACAUGCCCACGCAGGUCUUCGUUAACGUUUGCGCGCCGUAUAUCCUCACGUGUUUGAUGGAGAAGCCGAAGCGUUUGAUCUACAUUAGCUCGAUGCUGCAUAAGCAGGGGGACCCUGGCAAUGUGGGCGAUAUGUUCUGGGAGAAGCGCGGCGAGGACGACUGGAAUGACUUCAAGUCGUACUGUGAUACGAAGCUGCAGUUGAAUCUGCUUGCGAAUGCUGUUGCGAAGAAGUGGAAGGGUCGUACUAGUGUUGCGACGGUGCAUCCUGGGUGGGUUGCUACGAAGCUCGGUGGGAAGGAGGCGCCGGAUCGGUUGGAGGAUGGGGUUGAGACGUAUGUGAAGCUUGCGGUGGGGGAUUAUGAUCAGGGUCUUGUUGCGCCGUAUUUUGAGCCUAGGGGACACCUGGGUGAGCAGGUUGCUGCGGCUGGGGAUGAGGGGUUGCAGGGGGAGGUUGUUAGGUUGUUGGAGGGGAAGACUGGGUUGAAGAUUCCUGCUUAG